CAAACACCCCCAAAUUCACCCACCUUCUUCCUCAAACUUCCGUUUCCCUUAAACCGCUUCUUCAAUCUCCCUCUUCACUGAGCGGGGAGAUGGAGAUGGAGAAGGAGAAGGAGAAGGAGAAGGAGAAGGAGAAGGAGAAGGAGAAGGAGAAGAACUCCGAUGAGCUCACCGUCAAAUCCACGCCCUCCAAUUCAAAACCUAGCAAAAUCAAAGCCUCCGAUACCAAAGAAGAAGGCGAAUUAUCUUCUUCCGACAACGAUACACAAACACACGACGUACGUCCUGUUUGUUCUACUGUGCCUGCUUCGAUUGCGUCACCCAUAUCAUCCAGUCUUCCUCCUAAGGAUAAAUGUAACCCAGGGAUCCAGACUGCUUCUGCUGAUAUUUGCCCAAGAACAUCCAUAUCAACUAUGUCUCAGAAGAUACGUGAUAAUGCUCAAAUUGUAAACAAAGCUAGUACUCCUUGGGGUGCUUCCAGAAAGGCCAAUUCGAAUCUUGUGAUUAGCUUCUCAGAUGACAGUGGCAGUGAAUUGGAGGAAUGUAGUAAAGUGAGAACUUCAAAAUCUCAUAGUGAUGCUGUUAGGCAUUUUAAGCCUCCAACUUCAACACUUGAUAGAUCAAACAAGUUACGGAGUAUGACAAGGAACAAAGUAAUGGCAAACAAACUGCCUUUGAGUCAAGUGUUUAUCCCUUCAAUGACCAAGAAUCACAAAGCAUAUUCCAAGGGUGCUGCUGGGCCCUCAUUUGCUGAGCAAGGAUCUAAAAUCAGAGCUUUCAGUGGAAACCUACAGAGCCAAGGGCGUGGAAACGAUCAAGGAAUGAACUUAAACACUAGUAAGCUGCAGGAUUUGCGGCAGCAGAUAGCCAUUCGUGAAAGCAAAUUAAAGCUCAAGUCUGCCCAACAGAACAAGGAGAGCCUUUUAGUUACAAACCAGGAUUAUAUUGUCACAAAUUCAAAACCUGAUUUGGGUAGGAAGGGGAAUAAUACUAUCUCUCAGUUUCCUCCACUUGGGCCUAAGGAACCAAAUGUGAAGCGCAUGAAAACCAGCGGGUCCUAUUCUUCCAAGCUGAGUUUAAAUGAGCAACAACUUCAUUCAUUGAUUGCUGCAAAAUUUGUUUGGCCUCAGGAGCCUGGAGAAGAGAUACAGAACAUUAAGGGCUCUUAUAACCAGAAGGGGAAAUCCUUGAGUAGAGAAGAGGCCAGUGUGUUGAAGCAGAGUAAGGAAGAUAUCAAGCAUGUGGCUGCUUCACCUUCACUUGGCAUUGACCUUGGCAAAGUACAGGAUGAUAUUACCGACAUUGUUGCUAAUGGCAAUCAUUCAGACUUGAUUGGCAAGCAGGUGGAUCCUCACCCUCUUGUUGUCUUAGAUCAAGCUACAGCUCUACCAAAUGUUGCAUCCAAUGUCCAAUCUCAGUUCGAUAAUGUUGAGUUUCGCCGUCAGAGUGAUGGCCUUCAGCCAUCUGCUUCAACUGCAAAAUCUUUUGAAGGAACACCUCCUCAAUCAGCAUACAAUGUCAAGAUACCAGAGCCAUGCAGUAAUUUCUUUAAGUCGUUGAUCAACUGUAAAAGUUCUGGGACUGCUUUUGGUAAUUCAUCAAGUUGCUUGGAUUUCGGCAAUUUUGAUCUCCAAUCAUUGUUUGAAAUUGAGGAGUCACUAGACAAGGAUCUGGAAGAAGCACAAGAUUGCAGGCGCCAAUGUGAAAUUGAAGAAAGAAAUGCUUUCAAAAUUUAUUCUAGAGCUCAAAGGGCUUUGAUUGAGGCUAAUUCUAGAUGUCUUGAUCUUUAUAACAAGAGAGAAUUAUUUUCAGCUCAUUUUCACUCUUUUUGCAUGAAUAAUCCUGGUUCAGUCAGUUCUUCAAGACAGCAAGAAGACAUGAUAAUUGACGUGGAUCACUUAAAUAGUAUGUCUGGCAAUGCUAAUAUAACUUCUCCUUUGUAUCAGAAGCAUUCUGAAUAUAACAGUUCUACUCGGCUACGUAAUGAUUUAAAUAUGCAACAUGAAAAUGCUGGUCCCAUAAAUACUUCCAACCUCCAUGAGAAUGGACAAAAUUUGGGGUCUGAACCUGGAUCCUGCUCUGACUUAGGUGGUAACACAGUGGAUCCAUUGCCUUUUAAGGGAAAUAAUAUUGCAGAUAGAAUUUGCUCUCCAUCUGUUAAUCCAAACAUUUCAUUGGAUGGAGAUGAAGAGUCAUUGCCAUCUGACCAUGAAAUGAUUGAUUCCUAUAAUGAAUGCUACAUGAGAAAGAAACACUUUGAAGAUGAUCAAAUGGAGGCAUAUAACAUGUUGAAGAAAAACCACUGUGACAAUAAUAUUGAGGAUUCUUUGCGCCUUGAAGCAAAAUUAAGGUCUGAACUAUUUGCACGUCUAGGAACAAGAAAUUUGUCAAAGGCUUGCAAUCCAUGCAAUAACAUUCAAACUUCAGUCGAACAGGGGACUGAGAAUGAUGCUAGGAAUGACAGAACUCAGCAAAAUAAUACAGAACUAACAGUAGGUUUAGCAGUUGGAAGUGACGUCGACCUCAUAAGUAAGAAGAAUGAGAGUGCCUUACUAUCAGGAAAGGGAGAUCAACAGUUUGGUUUUGGAGGCACAGAUAGAUGCAAAACCCCAGAUGAGAUCCAUGGUCCUUAUCAUUUUGAGAACUUGCCAUCAGAGACUCCGGAUUUAACAGACUCUGAUGACAAUGAACCAUUCAGUAGAGAAGGAUCUUGCUCCAAAACUACUUUUAGUUUUACACCUUUGACUAUGAACAGUGUUCUGCAACACAUGAAGGUCAUAUCCUCGGUUAGUAUAGAAGUCUUGCUCUCUAGAACUCUUAAUCUUGGUUUCCCUGAAGACGGUGAUUCUUUGGAAGUGGAUCGAAUCCACUGGAGAAAAUUUAUAGAGAACUCUGUCCAUGAGAUUGUCAGACCCAUGUUACAGAGUGAUGGCUCUUAUACUGACGAUCUAGCGAUUGAUCCAUCGUGGCCACUUUGCAUGUAUGAACUCCGUGGAAAAUGCAACAAUGAUGAAUGUCCUUGGCAACACAUGAAGGACUUCUCUUUUGCCAAUAGAAGGCAGUGUCAGCAUGGCCACAUCAACUCUUCUGAUGAAACAAAAGUCUUCAAGUAUGAAGAUCGAAUGACUCCUCCAACUUACCUGGUUGGCAUAGAUAUUCUAAAAGCUGAUUCACGUUCAUAUGGCCCUGUUUUAGCUCAGAGAAGUAGUCAAUGCUGGCAAAACUUUUUUAGUAUUUCUUUGACGUUACCAAAUUUGCUCCGAAAGGAUGCUUCUGCUGAUGGGCUAUUUCUACAUGAUGCUCGUAUAGAGGCCAAGGGAAGUUGGAAUAGACCAUCAUCAUACUUUCAGAGGGGAGGCUCUGUAUUGAGUCAGCUGAAACAGGGUGAUGAGAACCUAGCUCUGGAAACAGCUCUAACUAUUAUUAAUCAGGAAACAAACAGUCGAGAGGGCAUGAAAAAGGCUCUUCCUGUACUGUCGCGUGCUGUAGAGAACAAUCCAAAAUCUAUAGCUCUCUGGGCCGUUUACCUUCUAAUAUUCUAUAGCUAUACUACAACUGGAGGGAAGGAUGACAUGUUCUCUUAUGCGGUCAAGCAUAAUGGGCAAUCUUAUGAACUUUGGCUCAUGUACAUUAAUAGCCGCAUGAAUCUUGAUGCUCGCUUGGCUGCAUAUGGCUCUGCAAUUUCUGCACUUUGCGACAAUAUAUUUAGUCAUAACUUGGAUGGGAAAGAUGCUAGUGCCCAUAUCCUGGACCUGAUUUUACAGAUGACAAAUUGUUUGUGUAUGUCUGGGAAUGUCGAGAAGGCUAUUCAAAGGAUUUUUGGACUUCUUCAAGUUGCUAUGGAUUCUGAUGAGCCUUAUUCUUUUAUGCAUUCUGAUAUGCUCACAUGCUUAAAUAUAUCUGACAAAUGUAUUUUCUGGGUUUGUGUUGUGUAUUUAGUUCUUUACAGGAAACUGCCUCAUGCUAUAGUGCAGCAGCUUGAAUGUGAGAAAGAACUGAUCGAGAUUGAAUGGCCUGCUGUUCAAUUGACAAAUGGUGAGAAGCUAAGGGCUUCUAGGGUAGUCAAGAAAGUAGUAGAUUUUGCCGAUUCAUGCUUGAACAAUGAAUCACCUGAGAGUAAAUGCUACCAAAAAUCCAUUCAAAUGUUUGCUGUCAAUCAUAUAAGGUGCUUGAUGGCAUUUGAGGACAUAGAAUUCAGUAGGAACUUGUUGGAUAAGUACGUUAAACUUUAUCCAUCUUGCCCAGAACUUAUUUUGCUUGAUAUACGGGCAAGGAAACAUGAUUUUGGGGAUGCGACUGUUGUGGCAUUUGAACAGGCAAUCAGGUACUGGCCGAAAGAAGUACCUGGAAUCCAGUGCAUCUGGAAUCAAUAUGCUGAAUAUUUACUUCGGAAUGGGAGGAUCAAAUGUACUGAAGAACUAAUGGCCCGUUGGUUUAACUCUACUUCGGAGAUGGAUUGUUCUAAAACUAGAACACCAGUUAAUAGUGACUGCGACUCCUUGCACCUGCUAGAUCAUGCUUCAGGAUCAAUUGUACGUGCAUUAGAUUGCAGUCCCAGUGAGGUGGAUGUGGUGUUUUGGUAUCUUAAUCAUUCCGUUCACAAAUUACUGGUGAAUGACCAAUUAGAAGCCCGUUUGGCCUUCGACAAUGCUCUGAGGGCUGCUAGUGCUGGUACUUUUAGAUAUUGCAUGAGAGAAUAUGCUAUGUUUUUGCUUACUGACGAGUCUUUGUUGAAUGAGGCUGCUUCUGUUGGUGGAAUAAGAAGCAUCUUAGAGGGUUAUCUCAACGAUGCUCGAGCUUUCCCAGUUUGCGAACCCUUGUCCAGAAGAUUCAUCAAUGAUAUCAAGAAGCCACGAGUUCGACUUCUCGUCAGUAACACACUGUCUCCAAUUUCUCCAGAUGUUUCUCUAGUUAACUGUAUUCUUGAAGUUUGGUAUGGGCCAUCUCUUUUACCCCAAAAAUUUAACAAACCAAAGGAAUUGGUGGAUUUCGUGGAAACUAUCUUAGAGAUGUUGCCUUCUAACUAUCAGUUGGUACUUUCUGUCUGUAAGCAAUUAAGCAAUGGCGACAACUACUCUUCCCAAGCUGCCUCUCCCAGCCUUAUUUUCUGGGCCUGCUCGAAUUUGAUCACUGCAAUUUUUAAUUGUGUCCCAAUACCACCAGAGUUCAUUUGGGUAGAAGCUGCUAAUAUUUUGGUCAAUGUUAAAGGUCUUGAAGCCAUAACUGAGAGGUUUCACAAAAGAGCUUUAUCCGUCUACCCAUUCUCUGUUCAGCUGUGGAAAUCAUAUUACAGCAUGUGUAAAACUAGAGGAGAUACAAGUACUGUUCUGCAAGAAGUAAACGAAAGGGGAAUCGAACUCAAUGAGCCUUCGUGAUAGAGUUUCACCUUCAUUUGGUAGGAUCAGUAAAAUUACAGAAAAACUAGGAUCAGUUUUUAGUUAUGGGAGAAGCCUCAGUGUACAGAUAGUUCACCUCAUACCGUUUUAUCAUACAUGCUAGGCUCGGUAGUUUCCCCAGUUUUGUUAAGUGGUAGAGAGCUGAUUGCGGCUAGGAAUUAGAUACUAAUACAAAUACUUGCACAAAGAAAAACUUGGUGGAAAAAUGGCCUUUUGUUUCCAUCUGUAAAGUCAUCGAGACCUUAUUGGAACUGGAUUUGUUGAGGGCAUCAUCAUCAGAUUUCUCAGCCAGUUGCUUGCUCUGACCGUUCGGCUAUUUCCAAAAGGUGUGUCGUCGAAGUCAGGUUUUCCUCCAUUUUUUUUUGGUAGCUCACAUUGUUUACUUUUGUUCCCUGCUUGCUAGAGUUAAUUUCUUUGAUUGACCCUACCCAUUUGAAUGUAAGUACUAACCAUUUUUAGGUUUAAAUAUGAUAAGGAUGGUAUAAAUGAAAUGCUAUACUCGAUGUUCAUCGUCA